UUUAAAGGUGGGCUCCUCUCCCCAACGAUAUACGGUAGUUUUGAAACCCGUCCAUUCCUCUGGACGUGGUAAAUAAACGGUUUUCCAAUUUGGGGGGUAUUUCACAAAACAGAUUUUCUCAGUGGUCAGAAUAAUUUAAGCAAUGAGGACUGAACAAAAGGAAGGUCCUUUGUCUCCUUUCCUGCUGGACAGGCUUGGCAUUUGGCUUAAAUUAUUAUGCCUUGUUUUAAAAUGUCUAGUCUUUUUCUGUCAAUAGAAUGUGUGUGUGUGUGUGUGUGUGUGAGAAAUAUAGAAACGUAUGAGGAAUGUCUAUGCUGCACUAUUUUGCAGUUUAACAAAAAAUAAUAUGCCCUACUUGCAAUAAUGCGAGUAUAUAUUCAAUAAUUUGAAUUAUUUAAACAAUUCAUAUUGAAUGUUAAGCCUGUCCGAUAACAGAAGAGGUACGGGGUUUCAGACAGUCAUCUCUAUUGUUUUAUGUUUACCAGGUUAACUGAGAAAGUGCUUUGUGGAAUACUUUAAUCGCAUUUAUUGUUAAACAGCUUUUCCAGUGGAUGAAAGACUGUAUCUUUGUGUUUUAAAUCCGAGGAUUUCGAAAGAAGAGUGCCAUUAACGUCGUUGUAUUGUUUUUCAUUUGCUUUGUGGGGUCGUAGUGUGUUUUCUUUGUGCGCAUCCUUUCUCGGUAUUACGGUAAAGGGGGUCCUCGACGCUCCUCAGCCGAUAUGACAUAAGUUGCGCUGCAACCAGCCGCCGCUACAGUCUCGUGCCUUCACGAUCUCGCAGGCGACUAAAAGGCUCUGCAGGAACGGGAUGUUAACGCCACCGGGAUGAAUGCUACCGAAGACAUAACGAUUGCAAUCAUGCCCCGGGAGCUCACACAAAACCCGCUGCGGAAGAUAUGGAUGCCGUGCAAGAACGGGCUACCGGAAAAACACAUUUCCCAGAGGAGAGUAUGUAUGACCAACUGUCCCACCCUCAUUGUGACCGUGGGGUUGCCAGCUAGAGGGAAAACCUACAUUUCUAAGAAACUAACUCGCUACCUCAACUGGAUUGGUGUACCAACUAAAGAGUUCAAUGUUGGUCAGUAUCGGAGGGAGUGCAUGAAGAUCUACAAGAACUUUGAGUUCUUCCGCCCUGACAAUGAGGAGGGACUAAAGAUCAGGAAGCAGUGUGCUCUGACAGCGCUGAAUGAUGUCAGACAGUAUCUCAGUGUGGAAGGAGGCCAGGUGGCUGUGUUUGAUGCCACUAACACUACAAGAGAGAGGAGGAGUAUGAUCAUGAGAUUUUCAGAGCAGAAUGGCUACAAGGUGUUCUUUGUUGAGUCUGUGUGUGAAGACCCUGAAGUUAUUGCCCAGAACAUUGUACAGGUGAAGCUGGGCAGCCCGGACUACAUUGAUUGUAACACUGAGGAGGCCAUUCAAGACUUUAUGAAGAGAAUCAAAUGUUAUGAAAACUCCUAUCAGCCACUGGAUGAGAUCUUGGACAGGGAGCUGUCGUACAUCAAGGUGAUGGAUGUAGGACGGCGGUAUUUGGUGAAUCGUGUGCUAGAUCAUAUUCAGAGCCGGAUUGUUUACUACCUGAUGAAUAUCCACAUCACUCCACGCUCCAUCUACCUCUGCCGGCACGGAGAGAGUGAGUUAAACAUCAGGGGACGCAUUGGUGGGGACUCAGGCCUGUCACCCCGUGGUAAAGAGUUUGCACUUUGCCUGGGUAAAUUCAUUCAGGAGCAGAAUAUAAAGGAUCUGAAGGUGUGGACGAGUCAGAUGAAGAGAACCAUUCAGACAGCUGAGGCUCUGGGGGUGCAGUAUGAACAGUGGAAAGCUCUAAAUGAAAUUGAUGCUGGAGUGUGUGAGGAGAUGAUGUAUGAAGAGAUUCAGGAGCAUUAUCCUCUAGAGUUUGCUCUGCGUGACCAGGAUAAGUACCGCUACCGCUACCCUAAAGGAGAGUCUUAUGAGGACCUGGUACAGCGACUGGAGCCAGUAAUUAUGGAGUUGGAGAGGCAGGAAAACGUUCUGGUCAUCUGCCACCAGGCUGUCAUGCGCUGUCUUCUUGCCUACUUUCUGGACAAAAGUGCAGAUGAGUUGCCUUAUCUGAAAUGCCCCCUUCACACUGUGCUGAAACUCACCCCAGUGGCCUAUGGGUGCAAAGUGGAGUCCAUCUAUCUCAAUGUGGAGGCGGUGAACACCCACAGGGACAAACCUGAGAAUGUUGACAUUUCCCGUCUGGCUGAGGAGGCCCUUCUCACAGUUCCUGCCCACCAGUGACGCACACAUCUCGGACAUCUCGCACCACAGCUACACUCCAUCAGGCUGCUUAACUGAUUAGCCAGCAUUUCUUCUUCAUUAUUUACUUUUUGUAUUUUUGUGUGCUCAGGAACACAGAGCACAGUGUGAACCGAAGGAUUUUUUACUUUCAGGUCUUUAUCUUUUUUUCUCUAUUCAUGUACCAGAUUGAUAACUGGAAUCCAGUUCUAAGAUGAUGAACCCUAGUGUUUUGGGGUGUGGGUGUGUGUGUGUGUGUGUGUGUGUGUGUGUGUGUGUGUGUGUGUGUGUUUACAUAUAUGUUGCUACGUGUACAUGAUGCCAGCGUAGACUGGAUACAAACAUGAUUGGUGUGGCAAAAAGAUUUUUUGACAUUUUUCUAAAGAAAUUUUUUUGGGAAAUUUUUUCAACAUGGGUUUUUUUUUGGUUUGUUUUUUUGUUUUGU